AUGGUGGCGGAGACCAUGGGAAUCUGGAUGUGGAUCGUGCCUGAGAAAUAUAAGGUGUGAGCCAUAACCUUUGCUUUGGUAAUUGAGUGAAUCUUCCUUAUAAAAUUAACUAUACAUGUACUUAGGUUGCAAUGUUUAGAUUAUUCUGCUUGUGAAACCUAGACUGUGUGUCGAAACAAGGAACCUCUUGAAGUGGAUUACACCACCCUAUUAAGGGCAGCUGAAUUUUCCUGAGAAAAAGCACGUAGAUGGGUAGAAUUAACGGUAGACAUUGCAAACGUUAGCUAGAUGCGAAGACUUAAUGUGGUCUCAGGAACAUUUCCUGUACCUUUAUUUUCUCUACAAAACACAUGAUGGUCAUAUACACGGCACUUUUUUCGCUUUGUUGCUGAAGUUUUGUAAAGGAUCGGUGAGAUUUGUAAAGUUUGAUAUGCCACCUAUAGCAUAAUUCAAUUUUUUUUUCUUCAGAAAUCCUGAAUAACCAGUCUAGCCACAGCUGAUCAGUAGGAAAUUAGACUGAUUGUUCAAAUCGAAAAGACCCAAAAUCCAUUAUCCAAUUAAUCGUCCUCCUUCUCCCUAACCCUAUCCUCAGUUGUGAAGUCUCGCUCUCGAUGCAUGUCGGACACCAAAAGGCAGUUGCGCUAGCUUGCACGUCGUAACAUAGCUAAUGGUUUUCUUUGCCGCAUCCUGAAGCUUUUUGGAAUUUUUAUGAUCUAGGACGCAAGGGGCAGGGAGAUUACAGUAGUGCUGUUGGAUUCAGAAGGGAUUGACGCUGCCUCCGGUGUAGGCCGUGACGAUAAUCAGAUAUUUACUUUAACUGUUCUUUUGGCCUCCGUGCUCAUUUAUAACUCAAGCAGUGUCCCCACAAGGCGUGAUCUCGAGGGUCUCGAGUAUCCUUGCUAUAUCAAACUUUUAAUUGUCUAAUUACUACAGGUGUUGCCAAUAAUACGCGCUCUGUGCAUUCUUUGUUUUUUUUUUUUCUUGCGUCCAAAAACUUCUAGUUCGCUUCUGGGACAAAAAUCCUGGUACGUGAUGUAAGAUUACUGAUAGCAAUAGAGCAGUAUUCAAUAAGUGUCGAAAAUGGAAAUGCAUGGUUCUUGCCAUACUACUGUCUGUGAUUGUUCCAAAACAACCGCGCCAAAAUCUCAACCGAUCUGAUUCAAAACCAAAACCCGUCACGACUGAGUCACCCGUUUCUUUAUCGCGCUUCAUGCUGUUUGCUUGUUCUUACUUUGAGUUCUCAUUAGCUCCUUUCUCCUUUGUUCAGAUUGCCGCAUUAUUAUUCUGCGUUUGGUCAUAAGACACUGAAAUGUGUUGUGCUAUAUCAUUAUCUCUCAACGAGGGGCAGAGAAGGUGUACUUAUUUUAAACGUUAGUAUUCUUAUUAUAUAUAAAUGUCAUUAAAGUUGAGAUUUCCUUAAUUUCUCUUUAGCUUUAUUUCAAAGCUUUCUGGACGAAUUCACGCGCGAUCCGACAGGGGAGCGACUCUUCACCAAAACGAGACAGAAUUCUUUCACAGAACGUUUCCUUUCUUUAUUUGGUUGCUGAGGGAUGUAACGCAAGCUGUGCCAGAAGAUUGUAAGGACAUAAAGGAUUACUUUUUGAAAAAGAUUAGAAUCCAAACCGUUUAAAAUUAUCACGAUUUAGAUAUAACUAUCGAUUGAACUUCGUGUUCAGAAUUGUGAACUUACUUGGGUAGUUAUCGAAAAAUUCGUUUUUUUUUUUUAACUUGAGUUCUUUGAAAAGCACAGAUUUGUCUCACUACUUGAUAUACAAAUUUAGUUUGUUUCAUUACUCAUUUUCCGAGUACAGGUGUUAAUGGCCAUUUUGACUUAUGUAUUUAUCGAUUUUGGCCUCUCAUGGAGGAUAUUCCUCAUAUCUGGUAUCUACAUAUUAUUAACAAUGGACGAGAAUAGUUCAAUUCCCAAAUAUUGUCACCACAGCAUCCGAUGGGUGGAGAUUGGUACUCGUAUGAUUAACUUUGUGGUGAAUAUUACUUUCCUAGAAUGUAAUUAGUUUGAUAGAUUGUUAAUUGAUAAUUGCUUCACACAGGUUUUCCGUCAGGAGGAUUCCGGAAGUGAGAGUCAGAAGAGUCAGAAGGUGGCUGAGGGCAUCUUAGGAUUCUUUCCUGGUUUUGAAGCGUUUUCCCUACCUCCUCCUACAGCUGAUGAAGAGAUAAUGAGAACUAUCUGCGAGAAUAAGGAUCAGUUACAGGCAAAAUUUUUGCGCCAAUUGGAGGACUUUAAAUACUUGAUUAAGUCCAUACUGGUCCCAAAACACAGUUACACUGAAGGAGAGCUCGUCACUGGGGAAGGUACGUGUUUUUAUACGCCUUUGUUUCUUUGCUUUAGAAAUGUUUAACAAUAAUAACGUGUCUCAUUAAAAACAGUGAAUGGAAUAAGUUGGGGUCAUAUUGGAUUCAUGAAUGAAAACUGUAAUAGUUGCCAAAUGAAGGGAACAGCAAUGAAAGUACUUAUUGACAAACCAAUGAUUGCUUUGUCGUAGGUCUAGCCGCUUUGGUAACCCAGUACGUUGAUGCAAUCAACACCCCUGGCUUUGUGCCCAAUGUACAAGGUGCUUGGGACCUGUUUGUAGAAACAAAAUGUUUUGAAACCAAAAAAGUUUGCGAGCAGAAAUAUGACGAGCUUAUGACCUUACAACUGUCUGAAGUUUUACCAUGUGAUAAUGACGAAAUACGUGCCUAUCACAACUCCGCACUGGAGGAAACUGAAGAACUGCUCUUGAGGGAGAUGAUCGGCAUUUCAACGAAUACUGUAGAGAAGCAACUGAGGCAACUUAAGGUGAAGCUCCUCAGCUUUAACUAUGACUAUAAGAUACAGGCUUAAGACGUAUUUAUAAUUAGCAUCAGUAGCUCCCUUAUCCAAGUCAAUGCUUGGGGGGGAGGUGGGGGGGCAGGCCAAUAUCACUUGACUCUUCUGUCUCAAGUUCAUUGAGCAGUUUCCUCGCAAGGGGAAAAUUGUAACCUUACGGGAGAAGUGUGGUAUUUAGGUAAUUUACACAAAAGUCACCUGAACUUGGCUGCAGGGACUUGCUGUGAGGGUAAUGUAAGCCAACUUUGCUUAGCAAUCUUGUUAAGCCUUCACCUCCCAUGAGUCACAAGGGGAGAAUUUCUCCUUACAAUAUCAAUAUAUUAUCAAGCAGACAAGCGAUGAGAAUAAAGUAAAAUAUCAAUUAGGGGAUUAUUGCUCAAUGCAAUACCAAAUUUUCCAAAUUGACAUCAGAAGAAUUGUGUGAUAGACAGUAAGGAGAAUUACUAAUGAGAUCUUGGAAAUUGGAGGGUUAAGCCAGUAGUGAACUUAUUCCAGGAGUCAGUCUUUUUAAACAAUGUAACGAUUUCCCUCGCAUUGUAAUAUAUAUUGGGUUGCUUUAGAGGUGUGCAUUCUCUACCUUUAAACUUAAUUUUUAAUUGUUUUAUUUUUUCUUCAUACGAUGUAAUUUCAGACGUCCUUCAGCCGACGGUUGAACGUGUGGCAGACGAAGAAUUCAAAAUUAACGAAACAGUUAUGUGAAAAUCUUCUGUUGAAACUAAAAGCAAAACACUUAGAUCCAGUCAUCGAGCAGCUGCAGGGAAGAGAUGGCUCGAAAUUAUCAUUUGAUGACAUCCUGAGAGUUUACCGACAUAUCAAAGACGACUACGAUGUAAAAGCAAAGGGUGCUAAAGAUGCCAUUGCUGAUGCGUUUGCCGAUUUUCAUCCCGUAAGAAAACAUUAUUUCCAAUUAUUAGUUUGUUGAUGCAGAUUCAUAUCCUGAAUGGAAAUAAGGGCAUUUUCUCCACUUCAAAGAAGAGCCAAAUUGACGGAUAUUGUACCGACUGCAAAGUAAAACAAAAAUUUUUCAAACGAAUGUUGAAAUUUAUUCAUUUUAAUGGAAUGCCUGUUGGUGAACAGCUACCAAAUUCUGCUUUACACCAAGGCCACUUAAAAAGACCGAGAUUGACAAAUCAUCAUAACGUUAGUAUGGGCUGCUUUUUAAAAAACGAAUACUGUUUGGCACUUCCAAAUUUUUUUUGGAACUUGCAGAAAAUGUUUUGGACCUGAUCUGAUCAAAAGUGUAUGGUUUUUCAUUGAAAUACAAGUUCAUGCUGUGUUAUGUUAUAUGCCAAAUUGUUCUUCGACAUUUAAGAGGUUUCUUAUUUCCGGAUGGGAGCUGAACGUUACAGGCGAUGUGCGCAUCUCAACUAAUCGAUGUUCUUCUGCUAUAUAUUUUACUAAUUCCCUUCUAGAAAAUAGCAGCGGAAACAAAGCAAUACAUUAGUGUCCUAAGGCAGCUAAAAGAUUUCGACGAACGUGCAGCGAAAGACCUGGCAGCCAAAGCUUACAUGGAGAGGGAAAGGAGACGACUUGAGGUAAGUUAGUGGGAUGAUAAUAUUGCGGAAAAGUCAGUAUGGUGAGACUAGCGUUUAAAAAGGGUCGAAAUGCUCCGAUGGACUGAAUAAAACCCGACAGAAAUGCAAAGCCUAACAGUAGUUACUUGAGACUGGGCGGUGAGUUGUGCGUGCUCCUAUAAAACUAACCUUACGGUUGACUGCGACAAACUAAACUUUGUUUCUGUUACGUUUUUUUCUUCAGGAAGAGCGGAUUCGCUUAGAGCAAGAAAAUCAAGAACAAGAGAAGGAGGUAUACCGUCUUUUUAGCUUAGUUUUAAUAUAUCAUUGUUUACUUAAUACGUUAUAAAUAUGUUGUUAUUUAAAGGGAGAAAAAUAACAAAUAGUUACAAUUUUGAGUAAUUUUAUCGCGAAAUGCAAAAGAACUGACUUUCAAAGUACUGGCUCUUCACCAUCCCCUCUUUCGUAGUUGGAAAAUAUUAUAAUGCAUCCAUCUUUUCUCCGAAAAUAAAGUCCUUGGUCAGCGCUGCAUAUAUCAGGAUUGGUCAACAAGGAGUGACCAUGUUUGAGACUUUUACCUUAACUUUCGUCGUUAGUACACUUAGCAGUAAGAUCGUCUUUUUCUGUUUGCUAAGAUGAUAAUGCUGAUUACCAGAUCAGAAGAAGAAAGAGCUGGAAUGCAAGAGGAAAUGAGAAAUGAGAUGGAACUGGAGCAAGGACAAUUGCAGAAUAUGAGGGAGGCAGGCUUAGGGGAAGCUGAGCUGAAACGAGAUGCUUUCAUCCAAGAGAAACAUGUCCUAGAGGAGCGGUUACUGCAAAUGCAAAAGAAAAACGAGGAACAUAUGAAGAUGAUGAAAAGGUUGUCAGAAAUGAUCGCCAAACACCAAAGGGAGAAAAUAGAGCUUCGUGAACGAAUAAAAGAACGUCCUCAGGGAGAGAUCGAAGAGUCCUUGAAGGAACUAAGACGAAGGCAAUCAGAAGAGGAAAAUGAACUCCUAAAGAAGAUGGAUAGUCUUCAACACGACAACCUUUUAAGAGGAAAAGAAGAUUUUUGCGCCGAAACGAAAGAUGACGAAUGUGCCAAGAAGCUGGAGGAGGUUCCUGAGAUGAUGGCCUCGAGGGCUCAAAUGGUUGGCGAUCUAAGGAAAAGAAUGGAAGAAAACGAAGAAGAGCAAGAAUCACUUGUCAAGAUGGUCCUUCGUGGUAUAGCAAACGUUAGUCCUGCGGUUGGGAAAUUAAUGGCCCUUUAUCCUCCAGCGCAACCUUACGCUGAAGCAGUCGGCAACGGUAUCGCUGAUUUUGCUGAUGCUUUGUCGAAAGUUGACUGCCUUAUCAUGUGAUGAAGAACACCGCAGUUGCUACCGGACAUGAAAUGUGUCUUACAUUUUUAUAGAAAAAUGUUUUUGGUAAUUUUACUAAUCACCACUUAACCGUAGGCAUAGCUGAUAUAUAAACGAUUAGCUAGACCUUUUACUGUCAAGUCCGAGAGAGGGCUCUCAUCCUUAAAACAUGGCCCCUUUUCCGUCGCAAUGUUUCAUCAGCUUCAAAUGUGUAACAGCGAAACUUAAAUUGCUUAUUUUGCAAUUGCGGGAAAUUUCGCUGUGGCAACUAAACUUGAGUCAGUAAAGUCCAAUAAGGAUUACAUUUGUAUUUAUUUUUUAUUGACUUAUUCGUAUUACUAGCCUUUUAUCAUUCCCAAAAUGUUUGAGACAACAAGAAAAGGAUAUACGCUGUGGCUUGCGGUGAUACUCUGUUGUAUCUUGAGACUAAGCUAAAGCCGUAUCCUGUAAAAAUGAAGAAAAAUAUUUUUCCGUAAGAUUAUGAAGCCCAUUCUAAUGUGAGAUUCAUGAAAGAUGCACACCGUUCAUAGGCCCAUGUCCAUGAAAAUAUGUUAAGGGCCGACCCAAAUAGCUUUUCUUGUCUAAAGUGUAAAGUUAUCACUGGAAUAUUAUUGUAGAAGAGGCAAACGCUGUGCUUUGAACGAGCAAAUUUAUUUUUCGUCUCAAGGUGACUGAAAUUUUUUGCUAACGAUUAAUUCUGGGAUUUUACAAUCAAACAGUAGAUUAAAAACAAAGGAGGAG